GCUAAAAGCGCUGGUUUCGACUGGGGGCAGAAAUGUACAAGCAUCCUGUGACUGGUUGUUCUCCCAUGUGGAUGACCCGUUCCUGGAUGAUCCUUUACCCAGGGAGUAUGUGCUGUACCUGAAACCCAGCGGUCCCCUCCUCAACCAGCUCUCCAACUUCUGGCAGCAGAGUCGCAUUACAUGUGGCAAGAACAAAGCCCACAACAUCUUCCCUCACAUAACCCUCUGCCAGUUCUUCAUGUGUGCAGAUAGUAAGGUAGAUGUCCUCUGUGAAGCUCUGCAGGCAGUGGUGGGUCAGUGGAGAGGUCGUUUCCCCUCCCCACUACCCCUGGAGUUUUACUCAUCCUCAAACUUCAUCGGCCUCUUUGUGGAAGAGAAAGUGGCUGAGGUGAUCAAGAGCUUUGCUGCAGACUUUGCUACUGAGGCGGCUUCCAAAGCAGAUGUUCAUGUGGAGCCCCAUAAGAAGCAGCUUCAUGUAACUCUGGCCUACCACUUCCAAUCCAACCAUCUUGCAUCAUUAGAACAACUUGCCAAAGGUGUAGAUAUAACAUUGGGCUGUGAUUGGCAGGCUGUGCUUUUGUCACGGGACAUCCGAUUUGCCAAUCAUGAGACCUUGCGGGUGAUGUACCCCUAUGUGCCUCAGAAUGAUGAUGAACUGGAGCUGGUGCCCGGUGACUUCAUCUUCAUGUCGUCUACAGAACAGGCCACUGCCAGUGAGGGCUGGGUCUAUGGGACCUCGAUGAGCACAGGGUUAUCUGGGCUACUGCCAGAAAACUACGUCAAUAGGGCAGACGAGUGUGAUACUUGGGUCUUACAUGGGUCUUUGUCUUUCCUUAAUGUAACCCCCCCAACCGAUAUCAGGGGUGCAAUGGGUGGGAUUUUUCUUGACCCACACUUGGACGGUCGUUUCUUUGAUGACCCCAUGCCAGUGGAUCCCAACAAUCUGAGCGCUCUCCUGGAAAGUCAUACCGUGGUAGACUUUGUAUACUGUUCUCCUUCUCUGCGCUGCGUGCAAACAGCUUAUAAUAUCCUCAAAGGUCUUCAAAAGGAUGGGAAGACUAAGAUCAGAGUUGAGCCAGGCUUGUUUGAGUGGACUAAAUGGGUGCCGGGGACCUCAUUACCCGCCUGGAUCCCUCCUGCAGACCUGGCGGCUGCUAACAUAUGUGUGGAUACAACAUACAGACCUCAUAUACCCGUCAGUAAACUGGCCGUAUCAGAGUCCUAUGAAACAUACAUCAGUCGCAGCUUCCAAGUGACGCGUGAAAUACUGUCAGAGUGCAAUAAUCUGGGAAAUACAGUGCUGAUUGUGGCCCAUGCUUCCUCUCUGGAGGCUUGUACUAGGCAGAUACAGGGUCUGACCCCACAGAACUCUAAAGACUUUGUGCAAGUGGUCAGAAAG